AUGGCGCUGUGGGCAAAGGCCAGAGCGUGGAUGGUAGGGCCCUGGCUGUCCCUGCGUGGGGCACGCCUACUGGGCACCAGAGCCGAUGCAGCCCCCAAGGCGGUGCUGCCCUUUGAAGCCAUGCCCCGGUGUCCUGGCAACAAGUGGAUGCGGAUGCUGCAGAUCUGGAAGGAGCAGGGCUCUGAGAACAUGCACCUGGACAUGCAUCAGACCUUCCAGGAGCUGGGGCCCAUUUUCAGGUACGACGUGGGAGGGAGACACAUGGUGUUCGUGAUGCUGCCUGAGGACGUGGAGAGGCUGCAGCAGGCGGACAGCCGUCACCCCCAGCGGAUGCUCCUGGAGCCCUGGCUGGCCUACCGACAGGCUCGCGGGCACAAGUGUGGCGUGUUCUUGCUCAAUGGGCCCCAGUGGCGUUUGGACCGACUGCGGCUGAACCCAGAUGUGCUCUCGCUGCCAGCCCUGCAGAAGUACACGCCCUUGGUGGAUGGUGUGGCCAGGGACUUCUCCCAGACCCUGAAGGCGCGGGUGCUGCAGAAUGCUCGGGGGAGUCUGACCCUGGACAUCGCGCCCAGCGUCUUCCGCUACACCAUCGAAGCCAGCACCUUAGUCCUUUAUGGAGAGCGGCUUGGCCUUUUGACCCAGCAACCAAACCCUGACAGCCUGAACUUUAUCCACGCGCUGGAGGCCAUGUUCAGGUCCACCGUGCAGCUCAUGUUUGUGCCCAGGCGCCUGUCACGGUGGACGAGCACCAACAUGUGGAGGGAGCACUUCGAGGCCUGGGACUACAUCUUUCAGUAUGCCAACAGAGCCAUCCAGAGAAUCUAUCAGGAGCUGGCCCUCGGCCACCCGUGGCACUACAGCGGCAUUGUAGCGGAGCUGCUGAUGCGAGCAGACAUGACCCUGGAUACCAUCAAGGCCAACACGAUUGACCUCACUGCUGGAAGUGUGGACACGACAGCCUUCCCCUUGCUGAUGACUCUCUUUGAACUGGCUCGGAACCCGGAGGUGCAGCAGGCCCUGCGCCAGGAGAGCCUGGUGGCUGAGGCCCGGAUCUCAGAAAAUCCCCAGAGGGUCACCACGGAGCUGCCUUUGCUGCGGGCAGCCCUCAAGGAGACCUUGAGGCUCUACCCCGUGGGUAUCACCUUGGAGCGGCAAGUGAGCUCGGACCUGGUGCUGCAGAACUACCACAUCCCGGCCGGGACGCUGGUGAAGGUCCUACUCUAUUCCCUGGGUCGAAACCCUGCCGUGUUCGCCAGGCCCGAGAGCUAUCACCCCCAGCGUUGGUUGGACUGCCGGGGCUCUGGAAGCAGGUUCCCACACCUGGCCUUUGGCUUUGGCAUGCGCCAGUGCCUGGGGCGGCGAGUAGCCGAGGUGGAGAUGCUGCUUCUGCUGCACCAUGUGCUGAAGAACUUCCUGGUGGAGACACUGGUGCAAGAGGACAUAAAGAUGGUCUACCGCUUCAUACUGAUGCCCUCUACCCUCCCCCUCUUCACCUUCCGGGCCAUCCAGUAG